AUGUCCGACAUCCAAACCUACAUCCACAACCUCCUCACCCCCCUCUCCGGCUCACCCAAGCAUGGCACCAUCGACUGGGCUAUCCCCUCUCUUACCACCGCCGCCUGCGCCAUUGCCUUCAACCCCAUCUACUGGAACAUCGUUGCCGCCGCCGAGUACCGCACGCACUUCCUGACCAAGAUCUUCCGCAACCCCUACUACGGCUGCUAUUUCUUGGCCUUCACCAUCUUCAGCCUCGGCAUCCUGCGUGACCACCUUUUCAACGCCGCCCUCGAUGAGCAACCCGUCUACCCGCCCGUGCACAUGCCACGUACCGGAGCCGUCGCCUUCAUCAUCGGCCAGACCCUCGUGCUGAGCAGCAUGUGGGCCCUCGGCGUUACCGGCACCUACCUAGGCGACUACUUCGGCAUUCUCAUGGACGACAUGGUUGAGGGCUUCCCAUUCAACCUGUGGUGGGCUUUCGGCAGCCCCAUGUACACGGGCAGCACGCUGUGCUUUUUGGGCACGAGUCUGUGGAAGGGCCGUUUGGCGGGGCUGGUCUUGACCGGCUUUGUGGCCGUCAUGUAUGUGAUAGCGCUGCGAUUUGAGGACCCCUUCACUGCAGAGAUCUACGCGCAGAAAGCUGCCAAGGAGGCGAAGCAGGACGCCGGCAAGCGCCAGACUCGGGCUGCCAGCAAGAAGAAGGCGUAA